AUGGCGGACGCUGCUGCGGACCCCACCGCCAAGUUGGCCGAGUCGACGGCCAAGCUCCAGCUCGACGAGGAGACGGGAGAGAUGGUCAGCAAGGGCGAGCUGAAGAAGAGACUGGCAAAGCGAGCGAAGAAGGCCGCCACGGAAAAGGCAAAGGCUGCCAAGGACGCUGUCGCAAAGGCUGCCGGUGCUGGCGACAGCAAGCCCGCCGCGAAGCCCAAAGCUAAGCCUGAGGAGGUCGUCCUCGACCCGGAGGCCAUGUUCAAGCAGGGCUUCCUCCAGGAGGUCUACAAGGAGAGGCCGUCGGAGAAUGUCGUGACGCGUUUCCCUCCCGAGCCCAAUGGCUACUUGCACAUUGGCCAUGCCAAGGCCAUCGCCGUCAACUUCGGUUUCGCCAAGCAUCACGGAGGUGUCUGCUACCUGAGAUUCGACGACACGAACCCCGAGAAGGAGGAGGAGAGAUAUUUCACGGCCAUUGAGGAGAUGAUUAGCUGGCUGGGUUUCACACCGUACAAGAUCACGUACUCGAGUGACAACUUCCAGAAGCUAUACGAUUUGGCCGAGAAGAUGAUUACGUUGGAGAAGGCAUACUCAACCUCAGAUACCGAGAUCAAGCUCCAGCGUGGCGGUGAGAAGGGCGCUUCCCCUAGGUUCCGAUGCGAGCACGCGAACCACACCGUCGAAGAGAACCUGCAGAAAUUCAGAGAUAUGAAGGACGGCAAAUACAAGCCUAGGGAAGCAUUCUUGCGCAUGAAGCAGGAUAUCACCGACGGCAACCCCCAGAUGUGGGAUCUCGCCGCAUACCGCAUCAAGACCGACACGCCGCACCACCGCACCGGAUGGGACUGGAAGAUCUACCCGACAUACGAUUUCACGCACUGCCUGUGUGAUAGCUUCGAGGGCAUCACUCACUCACUCUGCACAACAGAGUUCGUCCAGAGUCGUGUCUCGUACGAGUGGCUCAACAAGACCCUCGGCGUUUACGAGCCGAUGCAGCGCGAGUACGGUCGUCUAGGUAUCACGGGUACCGUCUUGUCAAAGAGAAAGAUCCUCAAGCUGGUUGAGGAGAAGAUUGUGCGUGGCUGGGACGAUCCACGUCUGUACACUCUGAUCGGCAUCAAGCGCCGUGGUGUGCCCCCUCGCGCGAUUCUCGACUUCGUCAAUGAGCUGGGAGUCACGACGUCUGUCUCUGUCAUUCAGAUCAAGCGUUUCGAGCAGACGGUGCGCAAGUACCUGGAACGAACUGUUCCCAGAUUGAUGAUGGUCUUGGAUCCCAUCCCAGUUGUCAUCGAAGAUGCCGAGGCUACUGACGUCGAGCUCGCCUUCUCUCCCAAGGAUCCCAACAUGGGUUCGCACACGAUCAAGUUCACCCCGACCGUCUACAUCGAUCGCGCCGAUUUCAGAGAGGUCGACAGCAAGGAUUACUUCCGUCUUGCACCCAACAAGACCGUCGGUCUGCUCAACGCCCCCUUCCCCAUCAAGGCUACUUCCUACACCAAGGAUGAGGCGACAGGAAAGGUCACCGAGAUCCGUGCCGUCUACGACAAGGAGACGAAGAAGCCCAAGGCCUUUAUCAACUGGGUCGGUACCGAGGGUUCCAAGAAAGUUGAGGCCCGUAUCCACAACUCUUUGUUCAAGAGCGAGAAGCCCGACGACACCGAGGGCGGUUUCCUCAACGACAUCAACCCCGAGAGCGAGGUCAUCUACCCCGACGCGCUCAUCGAGAGCGGUUUUGACGAAGUCAAGAGACGUGCACCUUGGCCUGAGGCUGCGGGUGAGAGCGAGCUCGGCAAGGGCGGACCUGAGAGUGUUCGUUUCCAGGCGACGCGCAUUGCCUACUUUGCCAUUGAUUCUGACAGUACCGACGAGAGGAUUAUUCUCAACCGCAUUGUGUCGCUAAAGGAGGAUGCUGGAAAGGUUCUCCACGACAGAGUUGCGAAUAAUACUUCCGAAAGAAUGAAGUUCAAGAUAUCGCAGGGCAACCAGCCAUCAGCACCGCGAGUUGGAGAGGUGCCGUAUGAGCAAUCACCUUACGAAGAGACACCCUACAAUGAGACGCCACACGAAGACUUGGGGGAAGAACCGUCACCGUACGAGCAGCCAGACGAAAAACCUUCAUACGGAAAGCCUUCAUAUGAACAGCCGCCGCGGGAAACGCCCUCAUAUGGCCACACUCCGUACGGGCGAGACCCAGCCAUCUCCAUCAUAGAAUGGGAAGUCGGCAGCCCGGCCCUCUACGCAGCGCGCUCCGUCGACGACCCAGACACAUGUCCCAAAGGAACAGUAUCCUGCAACCUCCCCCGCAACUGGAACUGCUGCACAAGAUCCAUGCCCUGCUGCGGGCCCGGCUGCUGCGCCCAGGGCUUCGACUGCGUCGACGCCGCCAUCGGGGUCUGCUGCUCGCGGCGGGUGUAG